CAUUUCCAGUUUUGGUUUCGAGAAGAACUCUGACGAAUCUUGUGUAUACAAGAAGAUCAAGAAAGUUAAUAGGUCUGAAUCAAAGUACAUAUAUAGAUAAAAUCCUUGAUCGAUUUAGCAUGUCUAACUCAAAGAAAGGAUCUUUACCUAUGACACCUGGCACGGUUCUUUCCAAGAGCCAGAGUCCUUCUACUCCCGAGCAGAAGGAACUCAUGAUGAAGGUUCCAUACGCCUCUGCGAUUGGAUCCAUCAUUGGUGAGAAAGAGCUAAAGGUGGUCGGUUACCGUGAUGCUAGCUUCCAAACCGAUAGAGACGAUUCAAAAUCACAAGCAGGAUAUUUGUUUUGCCUGAAUGGCGGGGCUUUUAGCUGGAAGAGCUUCAAGGAGGAUACAACCGCCGAUUCGACCACAGAGGCUGAGUACAUAGCUGCCGCCGAGGCAGCUAAAGAAGCUGUUUGGAUCAAGAAGUUCAUUACUGAACUUGGAGCGGUUCCUAGUAUCAACACUGGGGCCAUUGCACAGGCAAAGGAACCGCGAUCUCACCAGAACCAAACACAUUUUGUCUUUGGUGAGCUUUGCAGUGGCCAAGUGGUAAGCUUUGUGUCAUCUGACCGAAGCAUGUCAUCUCACCGUAAGGACUCCUCCCUGGCCAGCCCAACGUUGCGCCUAGGGGUUCUUCCUGGCCUUGCGUCGCACAGCGUCCCUAUCAACUGGUGCUCUCAUUGCCGUUCUCAUUGCGACACCCACACCGGAUUCUUCGUCGACGCCACGCCUUACCCUGGAGGAUCUUAUGAAAGUCGUCAACAAUCUGAGUGCCGAAUUGCAGGCAACCAAACAACAGGCCGUUUCCUCGCCUACAUGGGGCCUGAUGAGGAAGAUGACUCCGGCGAAGUCACGGAGGAUGUAUCACCGCUUGACGAAGACACCGUGAUCUUGGCCGAUGUGUCUAGUCUUAAUUCCUUAGCCAGCAGUCUGAGUCCUCGCGCCUUGAAAUUGGUUGGGUCGGUCAAUACCCAGGACGUACAGGUCUUAUUGGAUGGGUGCAGCACGCAUAAUUUUAUCCACCCGACAGUGGCGGGACGCUUGUCGUUGGUUCUCCACCCGGUCCCUCCCUUUCGUGUUUAUGUGGCAAACAGGGACUCCUUGCGUUGUGCGUAUUCUUGCCCUCGAACUCCGCUAUUGCUACAAUGUGUUCUCUUCGAGGUUGAUUUGUACUUACUCGAAAUACAUGGCCCUGACGUCGUGCUUGGCGUUCAAUGGCUCCAGACAUUGGGCAAGGUCUCUCACGACUACGCUAACAUGACCAUGGAAUUUUGUUGGAACGGGUCUCCAGUCACUUUGCGCGGCAAUACGGCAGCCCCUAAUCCUAUUUCUUUCAGCCAUUUAUGUUCUUUAGCCGCUCAAACGCCCCUGGAGUUCUUUGAGUUGCUGCCGGUGACUCAAUUACCACCUCCGUCGGAGAGUGCUGAGGUGGUCUUCCCCACAGAUGUUCCACCACCAGUUCGGACAAUAUUGGAGUCUCAUGCCACCGUUUUUCAGCUGCCACAGGCCCUACCUCCGGUUAGGAUGUGGGAUCAUCGCAUCCAUCUGGCCGCCAACACAAAACCUGUCAACGUUCGGCCCUACCGUUACCCAUACUUUUAGAAACCAGAAAUAGAACGGCAAGUACGUG